AUGAAUCUUUUCCUUUUUAUAUGUAUAGCAUUAUUUGUAUAUUUAUAUAAAUUAAAUUUACCUAAUACAUUAAAGAAUAAUAUCAAAAGGAGUUUAUUAUUAAAAUUAGGACAUCACCAAACAGUUCUUUCUAUAAAUAGGAAAGCCACAAAAAGUGGGGGAAUGUUUUUUAUACGAAAUUCAUUUCUUAAUAGAAAUAAGAAUUUUCAUAAAAUAGAUAAAUACAUAUUUAAAAGAUUAUUUCAUUCAAAAAUGGAUAAUGAUAAUAAAUUACCAAAAUGGAAUCUACCCUCAAAAGAAGGAAAGAAAAUAACUAACUUGUUUGUGAACAAUUCUUUGACACAUAGCAAAGUGGAAUUUAUACCUCAGGAGGGGAAUAAAAUAAAGUGGUACGCUUGUGGUCCAACCGUUUACGAUGCUGCCCAUUUGGGACACGCAAGAACUUAUGUUAGCUUUGAUAUUAUAAGAAGAAUAUUAGUUAAUUAUUUCAAGUAUGAUGUAUUUAUGGUAAUAAACAUAACAGAUAUUGAUGACAAGAUAAUUAAGAGAAGUGUAGAAGAAAAAAUUGGCUUUACUGAAUUAGCUAGAAAAUGGGAAUAUGAAUUUUGGGAAGACAUGAAGAGUUUGAACGUUCUUUUACCAACAGCUAUUACUAGAGUAAGUGAAUAUGUAGAUGAUAUUGUAAAAUAUAUAGAAAAAAUUAUUGAAAACAAAUAUGCUUAUGUAAGUGAAGAAGGAAGUGUAUAUUUUGAUAUUGAUGAAUUUAAAAAAAGUGGAAAACAUUUUUAUGCACGUAUGGAACCGUUAUCUGUAAAAGAUGAAAAUAAAAUAUUAGAAGGAGAAGGAGAUUUAGGAGUAAUUUCAAAGACGAAAAAAAAUUCAUACGAUUUUGCAUUAUGGAAAUCCUCUAAACCAAAUGAACCAAAUUGGGAUUCCCCUUGGGGAAAGGGAAGACCUGGUUGGCAUAUUGAAUGUUCAACUAUGGCAAGUAAUAUAUUAGGAGAUGUUUUAGAUAUUCAUAGUGGAGGUAUUGAUUUAAGAUUUCCUCAUCAUGAUAAUGAACUAGCUCAAAGUGAAGCUUUCUUUGAUCAUAGUCAAUGGGUAAAUUAUUUUUUACAUUCAGGACAUUUACAUAUUGAAGGUUUAAAAAUGUCCAAAUCAUUAAAAAAUUUUAUAACAAUAAAAAAUAUGUUAACAAAAUAUACUUCGAAUCAAAUUCGUAUCUUAUUUCUUCUUAAUAAGUGGGAUAAUUUUAUGAAUUAUAGCCCUAAUGGAGAAAGCAUGGUACAAUGUAUUGAAAUCGAUAAAUCAUUUACCAACUUUUUUGCCUUAAUUCUUAUGAAAAUAAACAAUUUUGAUCUCAAUAGUUCUAAUUUAUAUUGGAGUGAUGCAGAUAAUAAAUUAAAUUUAUUAUUUAGACAAACAAAAAGCAAAAUCCAUGAACAUUUCCUCGAUAAUUUUAAUACACCGGAUGCUCUUUUAGCUAUUCAAAAAUUAAUUACAGAAGUAAAUAUAUAUGUGGAUAAGGAAAAAAUACAAAUCGGAUUACUUUUAGAAAUAAAACAUUAUAUUAAUUUUAUUUUUGAGACAUUUGGACUAAUAUAUGGUGAUGCAAAUAAAGGAAAAUAUGACAAAUUUGAUGAACUCUUACAAACACUCGGUACCUAUAGAAGAAAUAUUAGAAUAAACUUACAAAGCAAUGCAAAAUUAAUUCGAAAUAUUUUAAAAGAAAAAAACAAAAAAAAUGAUUUAGAUCCUGUUGCUGCACAAGAAAAAAAUGAACAACUACACUCAGAAUUUAUAAAUAAUAUAAAAACAAACAAUGAACUUUUAUUAAAAGAAUGUGAUUUGUUAAGAGAUCAGCACUUAUUAAACAUGGGUAUUUUAAUUGAUGAUAGACCUAACAACGAAUUUGUUAUAAAAAUUAUAGAUGAUAAUCAAUUACAACAAGAAAAAAAUAAGAGAGAGCAAGAAUUGAGUAAAAAAAUGGCAGGAAAUCAGAAAAAGGGUAAUCAAAAUGAAAAGAGAGAAUAA